GUCUCCAACUAAUUCCUGGCCACUGCUAUUUGGAUUCUGCAUCGACCUUCCUGGGCCCCUCGAUUUCGUCGCUGAUUUGAAGCUCGAGGACCGAAUCUCUUCCGUAGUCGACGGUAGGCUCGCCUUGGUGUUUGCAGUCUACUGACGAACAGACUGUCGUCCGCUUUUCCAGGCGACUUUGGUUGUCUCGAUCGACGGACCUUUUGUCACCGGCAGCUGUGUCCUCUUCCAAGCCUUCCCAUUGGACAUUCAACCCGCUGCGUAGGCCAACAGCCGCGGGUUCCCUGCGGCCUUUUACCAGGCGCCGUCUUCUGGACAACCACUUUUCCACGAGCACGCAACUCUCGGUGCAAGCCGAGACAUAUCCACCCUGGCUUUCCUCAACCCAGACCACUUCAAGGCCAGGGCAGAGGCAGAGCGCGCUGCCCAUUCACUGGCAUAUCCUUCUCCGCCGAUGUCAGGAUCUUCGCCACUCCCGCCCAAUCCCCAUCGCGACGCUGUCUACCGAGACCAAAGGCCCUUCGACGCCUCACGACAAGAUGCGUACGGUGGGGAUUCGGGCGCGCAAGGGCGGUCGCACGGCCACAGUCCAGCGCAGUUUUCGCAGCUUCCGCCAAUGCAGAUAGGCCCCCGUUCAGCCAUUUACCAUGACACAGAACGUCGUCCAUCGCCAUAUGCGCAGCCAGAGGACUCAUCCGUGCGCCAUCGGCCGUACUCGCCCCAGCUGUUUCACAGCAAGCCGGAACCUCGAUACCCUGGGCCGUCUACCGCAUCUUCAGGCUCGUUGCUUGGUUCCACGUUCCCCAGUGUCGCCCACCAGCAAGGUGGUCAAGAAGGCGCUGACGCCUCCUCUCGUACGUCGCCAAAAUCGCAAAGGAAGACGAAGGGCCAUGUGGCGUCGGCCUGUGUUCCGUGCAAGAGAGCUCAUCUCAGGUGCGAUGCCCAGCGACCAUGUUCACGGUGCCUAAGCAAUGGCAAAGACGACGCGUGUGUCGAUGUGCAGCACAAGAAGAGGGGCCGGCCAAGACUCAGGGAUGAUCGAGAGUCGAGGUUUGAGACCGCGAGAUACGCCCAACCAGACGAGCCAUUAUCACGACGGUCUUCUUUGUACUCGCCAGCGAUAUCGACAGCCACAUCCUACGAUGACCCCCUACGACGAGCCCAGUCUUACCGAGCCAUCAAGUCGCAGCCUAACGAACCUGAGGCAACUGAUUAUCAGCCGGUUGAAAGAGCCACGUUUCCGCACGUGCACCACCAGCAACCGUCUGUCCUGGACCGAGACCAGGAUCCCGUCGCAUACCUGAACCUCGACUUAUCUAUUGCGAGGGCAUCGGAGCCAUUCUUUGAGAUGCUAGGGUCGAGAGACGUUCUGGGCCGACGGCUGGUAGAGAUUGUCAGCGCGCACGAGCGAGAUCGGCUGUCUGCACUGCAGUCUUCAUUGCAGGCGGAACAGGCCCAGCGCGAACCAAAUUACUUACCCCCAAUCUUCUUGAGAGAAGAGACAGAUCGCUUGGUACGGAGCCUCCCGCUCGGAGGAGACGCUCUUGGGAGAUUCCGGCUGGAUAGGAUCGAGACCAUCACCUUUAUGAUGGCGAAUGGUCAAUUGAAGCCAUGCCUGACGCGGAUUGGGCUGGUCAAGGAAGGCUCGAUAUAUCUCGUCGUUCUGCGUCCCGACCUCCCAGCGCAGCGGCCGCAGGGGAUGCCGCAGUCGUACGGUCCGAGAGGUUUUCCACCUCCGGCGCAGACAGGUCCACGACACCCAGGUGCUUACAAUCCUCCACGGGACCCUAUGGGCCAUCCCGCUUCGGGACAUAGCUAUGGAGGUUCCAGCCAGGGCUUGCCUGCAACAAACCAAUCGCGUCCUGAAGGGCACGGCGGACGGCCCUAUUUGGGGUCCCUGCCGCCACGAGCAGAUACAGCGGUUUCACUGUCGGGCCAUACCCCACGAAGUGAGCUCGCGGCACACCGGCCGACGCCCCACGAAUAUCAACUCCCACCGAUAAGAAUGACUCCACAGCUGCCUCCGCAGAGCACCCCGAUGUGGCAGAGAGAUGAACGUCCAGGACGAGUUGAUAUCGGAAAGAUCAUAGAUGGUCCGACGCCACCACGAAGAGAGUGAUACAGCUUUGGGAUCUGAACCCUGGUUGAACCACAUGAAAGUUGAACGUGACCUCGACUCAAGUGCAAGAUGGCACAAACAAUGGGCAAAGACUGCGCAUGCUGCUAUCGCCACUACACAAAUAGA